AUGACGCCUCUUCUGGUCACCCUCUUCCUUCUUCACUCCUCCUUCCUCCGAGGGGACAGCCACCUCCGUGAAGGCCUCACACUGCUGAAAACGGAGUUUGCACUUCGCCUCUACCAGAACGUGGCAGGAGGCAGAAAUGGGACGAACUUUGUCAUCUCUCCUGCUGGUGUGUCCUUGCCCCUGGAGAUCUUGCAGUUUGGAGCUGAAGGGAACACUGGCCAGCAGCUGGCAGAUGCCCUGGGGUAUACUGUGCAAGACCAAAAGGUGAAAGAUUUCUUGCAUGCUGUUUAUGCCACGCUACCCAAUUGCAGCCAAGAUGCUGAGAUAGAGCUGGCCUGUAGCCUUUUUGUGCAAGUGGGAACAGCACUGUCCCCCUGCUUUGUGGAGCAGGUCUCGGGGUGGGCCAACAGCAGCCUGGAGCCAGCCAACCUCAGUGAGCUCAAUGGUACUGCCAUCCCAGCCAAGGACAAGGCCUCCAGACAGACAGCAGGGCAGGGCGCGGCCUGGGCUCAGCUGGCACUGGUCAGCACCAUGACCUUUCAGGGCACGUGGCGGAAGAGGUUCUACCCCACAGAUACGCAGCUCCUGCCCUUCACCUGUGCCCACGGUCUGGUCCUCCAGGUCCCCACGAUGCACCAGAUGGCCGAGGUCAACUACGGUCAAUUCCAGGAUGCCGCAGGCCAUCAGGUGGGGGUUCUGGAGCUACCUUACCUGGGAAGUACGGGGAGUCUGUUCCUGCUGCUGCCCCGUGACAAAGAUGUUCCCCUGGGCCACAUUGAGCCACACCUCACAGCCAGCAUCAUCCACCUCUGGACCAGCAGCCUGAGGAGAGCCAGGAUGGAUGUGUUCCUCCCCAGAUUUAGGAUCCAAAAUCAAUUCAACUUAAAAAGCAUUUUAAAUUCUUGGGGCAUCACUGAUCUUUUUGAUCCACUCAAAGCCAACUUGAAAAGAAUUUCAGGCCAAGACGGCUUUUACGUCUCUGAGGCUAUCCACAACGCCAAGAUUGAGGUUUCAGAGGAAGGCACCAAGGCAUCUGCAGCUACAGCUCUGUUGUUACUGAAAAGAUCUCGGAUUCCUAUUUUUAAAGCAGAUCGGCCAUUCAUCUUUCUCCUGAGAGAGCCCAACACAGGGUUUGUCUUCAGUAUUGGGAGAGUUUCAAAUCCCCUGGACUAAAUUAUCAGAUCUCAAGCAUGUUCUCCACUUUCGUUGCUGCUUUUCUUCAUAAAAAGUUCUAACUUCAUUUUGCUACACUCUUAAAAUGUGAAAAAUUGUAAAACAUAAGGGUACAUGAUUUUCAACAUAACUUCUAUUUUAUUAAGUUUGUGUUGUCCUCUCUUAAUCCAAAUCUAUUUUAACUUUCUUUUCUACUGUUACCCGCCCCCCACCCACUAAAAGGCACAUCAGUGAUCCAUGAAUGUGAGUGAGUCUGGCCCCAGGAUGGCUUCCCCAGUGAGGACAUAGGGGAACUGAGGGUAGGUAGGGAAUGAACAGUGUUUGUUUUUCCUCAUCCUUUAUAACUCAAAGGGGAUGCACAUUCAUCUGAAGUGUUUCCUUUCCAUUCAGCUUCUAAAUAAAAUUGGAAGUUAAAGCUGUGAAGUUUGUGUGAGAACAGCAGGGCAAAACAAAAACACUCUGAACCCUCAAAUUUGUUCAGGCCGUUGUAGGCAUGGUAUCAAGCUGCUAACAGACAUUUCAGAGGACACUUACCACUCCCUAGCAGCAGUUUAGUGCCAUCCACAGUCUUAGAAAAGAAAAGGGGUUGAAGGAAACCAAUAAUGUCCAAAGUUGUCUGCUUUUUAAAGAGCUUUUUAAGUGUCUCCCUGUCUGCCACAGACACAGUAAUUCCUAUCAUCUAAGCAGAAACAGGAGCAUGUUGGUGUGGCCAACAAAAACCACAAACAGAGUAAAAAGACAAUCUAGGUCACGUAACACAUAAUUACAGUUAGGUUUAGCAAUGAACUUUGA